ACGAUGUUUUGUAAGGCCGCCUUUUUUGAUUUAUGCUCUGUUUUUAACUAAAAGAAGGAAAAGCUUUGAAAGUUCAAAUCCCUCAUUGAACUCGUGGCUCUUUAGUGCGUGGGUAUACGAAUUCCAGCGCCUCUGUUCAGUUAAUUUAGUUGAUUCCCCGAUAAACAGAACACCAACUAUGUCGUUAGGACAGAAAUACGGUGAACAGCAAGAAGCAUCGCUUCCCUUUCUAACAAAUACUUCUUCUCAAUCUUUGUCCUAAAUGGAACCCUCGAAAGUUGCUUAUUGAGUAAAAUCUCAUUUCUGCCCCGCACCUGAACUUUGAUUCUUUAGUUGUGUUCCUUUUACUUUUGUAUUUGGCAAUUUUCAAUUGGACAUUGUUUUGGUUUUGCAACCCUAUCGGCUACCAUUAAGAAUGGUAUCCCCCCUCCUAUCUCUCCUUUUUCCCGCAUAGCCAUAAGCAUAGAAGUACAAGGCUGGUGGAUUGUUUGGUAAAAAAUAUUCAAGUCUCAUUCUUAGAUUUGCUUUUUCAGCCGCUGACUGUGUUUCUUCUUCUGGCCUUUUUAAUAUUAUAGCUUCCUUCCUGCUUUAUUAUCACUUGCUUAUUAUUAUUUUUUAUUGUGCUUUUUCCUCUGUUUUUUCUCUCUUUACUUCGUUUCUUGAGUUUGAGAUAAGGAGCUUUAUACAGUUACUUCUUGUUGGGUUUCCAUUUUCUCCCAAAUAAAUAAUAUUAUACUACCACUUGGCCUCAUGAAUGAAUGUGCUAUUCUUGAGUCUUGCUGCUUUAUGUUGGUAUGUUUUAUUAGGUUUGAUUCAGUCCUGGAAUCUGAUUCUGAUUUCCACUAUCAUAUGUUCACAUUCUUUAUUUUACCUGUCACCUCUAUUGGUUCCGUCUCUACAUUCUUUUUGGGUAAUUUUAUCAUUGGUUUCAUCGUUCAAUCAAAUAUAUAGAGAAUAAUGAAGCACGGGGCGGUAGGUAAGGUUAAAUUGAUGGUUUUGUUUAUAAAUAAGUUUAAAUAGACAUGGCCUUUCCUUAGUAGUGUUUGAUUGGUCAUUGAAACCCUUCCAUGUUCUUUUGCUGCUGGAGCUUUUUGGGUCUUAAUCUGUAACAUAAUAUUUGCAUAAUAUAUCUUUAAUAGUUUUAUCUGAGAAACUUUUAGUUCCUUCUAUAUGUAGAGUUUCUGAAACGAUUGGUGGCAAUAGUGGACUCAAUACAUCUUGUGCCGGUCAAGUUGGUCUCAUAGUUGACUGAAAUGAAUGUGGCUGGCUUUAUUUUCCUACUCUCUCUCCACUUAGGGGUGUUUCAAAUUGGUUAUGGUAGAAAUGCUUCAACUCGGCCAGCUGUUGUUAAUAUUGGAGCAAUGUUUAAUUUUGACUCUAUCAUUGGAAGAGUUGCCAAGAUUGCUAUUGAUGAAGCUCUGAAAGAUGUCAACUCCAAUUCAAGCAUUCUCAAAGGAACUAAACUUAGUGUAACACUGCAAGAUACCAAUUGCAAUGGCUUUCUUGGCAUGGUCGAAGCUUUGCGGUACAUGGCGACUGACGUCGUUGCCAUUAUAGGUCCCCAAUGUUCUGUGGUUGCUCCUAUUAUAUCACAUGUUGCAAGCGAACUCCGAGUUCCUCUACUGUCAUUUGCAGCUACAGAUCCCACCCUUUCUUCCCUUCAGUUCCCUUUUUUUGUUAGGACAGCACAGAGUGACUUGUAUCAAAUGACUGCUGUGGCUGAUAUCAUUGACCAUUAUGGUUGGAAGGAGGUCAUUGCAAUCUUUAUAGAUGAUGAUUGGGGGCGAAAUGGUGUGUCAGCAUUGAAUGAUAAACUUGCAGAGAGGCGCUGCAAAAUCUCCUACAAGGUAGGUAUUCAACCAGAUUCUUCAGUGACUCAGGGUGCCAUCAUGGAUAUUCUUGUUAAGGUUGCAUUAAUGCAAUCUCGAAUUGUUGUUCUGCAUUUAAAUCAAAUAGUAGGGUUUAAGGUUUUCUCUGUUGCAAACCAUCUUGGAAUGAUGGGCAAUGGUUACGUAUGGAUAGCUACGGAUUGGCUUUCAUUAGUUUUAGAUUCUGAGUCUCCUUUGCCUUCUGAGACCAUGGACAAAAUACAAGGAGUUCUAACUUUACGUCAACACACAACUGAUUCGGAUCGAAAAAGAGCCUUUUUCGCUAGGUGGAACCGCAUAAUUGGAGGUUCUCCACAGUUGAACGCUUAUGGACUUUAUGCUUACGAUACAGUUUGGCUGCUUGCUCAUUCUCUUGAUGCUUUUUUUAACCAGGGGGGGGUUAUCUCAUUCUCUAAUGAUUCUAGGAUAAGCUCUAUGGCAGGCAGUGCUCUCCACCUUGAAGCAAUGAGCAUUUUCGAUGAUGGAGUGCUCUUGCUGAAGAACAUAUUGCUAAGUGAUUUUGUUGGUUUGACAGGCCCACUUAAGUUUAAUUCAGACAGGUCUCUUAUUCUUCCUGCAUAUGAUAUUAUUAAUGUGCUUGGAACUGGGAUUCGACAGAUUGGCUACUGGUCAAACUAUUCUGGUUUAUCCACUGUAUCUCCAGAGACACUUUAUACGAAACCACAAAACCGUUCAAGUGCAAACCAAAAACUAUAUAGUGUAAUUUGGCCAGGAGAGACAUUGUCUAAGCCUCGUGGAUGGGUUUUCCCGAACAAUGGAAAGCUAUUGAGAAUUGGUGUUCCAAAUAGAGUCAGUUACAAGGAAUUUGUAUCGCAGGUUCGAGGAACUGAUAUGUUCAAGGGUUUUUGUAUAGAUGUAUUUACAGCCGCUGUUAAUUUGUUACCAUAUGCUGUUCCGUAUAAAUUUAUCUCCUUUGGAGAUGGUCGUAAGAACCCAAGCUAUACAGAGCUUGUGAAUAAGAUCACAACCGGUGAAUUCGAUGCUGUUGUCGGUGACAUUGCCAUUGUUACAAAUCGGACAAGGAUAGUUGAUUUUACCCAGCCUUAUGUUUCAUCUGGGCUGGUCAUUGUGGCUCAGUUGGAGAAAGAGAGAAGUGGUGCUUGGGCUUUUUUGCAGCCAUUUAGUCGCCGUAUGUGGAUUGUCACUGGCUCCUUCUUUCUCAUUGUCGGAAUAGUGGUUUGGAUCCUGGAGCACCGGAUAAAUGAUGAGUUUAGGGGCCCACCUAAACAACAAGUUAUAACCAUUUUAUGGUUUAGCUUCUCAACUAUGUUCUUUGCCCACAGAGAGAAUACUAUGAGCACUCUUGGCCGUCUAGUGUUGCUUGUAUGGCUCUUUGUGGUUUUAAUAAUCAACUCCAGUUACACUGCAAGUCUGACGUCAAUCCUCACAGUGGAGCAUUUAUCUUCUCCAAUUAAAGGAAUUCAAAGCUUGGCAGCUACUAACGAGCCUAUUGGAUAUCAAGAAGGCUCUUUUACUGAGCGAUAUCUAAGCGAGGAACUUAACAUAUCUAGAUCUAGGCUUGUAUCUCUUGGAUCACCUGAAGCUUAUGCUUUGGCACUCAAACGUGGUCCUGGAAAUGGAGGUGUCGCUGCUGUAGUUGAUGAACGUCCGUAUGUUGAGCUUUUUCUCUCAAGCCAGUGCACAUUCAAGGUUGUAGGUCAAGAAUUUACCAAAAGUGGCUGGGGUUUUGCAUUUCCUCGGGACUCUCCCUUGGCAAUCGAUAUGUCAACUGCAAUUCUAGCACUCGCUGAGAACGGUGAUCUGCAGCGAAUACAUGACAAGUGGCUGAUGCAAAGCACCUGCAGUUUGGAGAGUACAGAGAUAGAAACAAACCAACUUAAUCUAUCCAGCUUCUGGGGUCUGUUCCUUAUUUGUGGGAUUGCUUGCAUCAUUGCCCUUCUUAUAUAUUUUCUGCAGAUAUUGCAGCAGCUACCUCCUGCUCCUGAAUCUGCAUCAAUUACUGGUCAAGAUAGCUCACAUUCUCGACGGCUGCGGAGGUUUUUGUCACUAAUGGAUGAGAAAGAAGAGCAAUCAAGAAGUGGGCAGAAGAGAAGGAAAGUAGACAACGAAAGGGAUGAUGAAUUUGGUAGUUAAGACCAAGAGGAGAGAGAGGAGCAAUAGCAAUGCAUUAAUUACUUCUCAUUUCAUUCAUUGGAGUUGCGCAUACCUAACUGAAACUGUGACACGUUCAUGUGAGUCACGCCUUUUUUAUCUUUAAAGCAACGUAACUAUUUAUAUGUAUUCAAAGGCAAAGCAUUGGUUGUGUACUUUAGGUUAUAUUAUAAAUUAGGAGGGCUUUGAUUUCAAACACAGUCCGUUUAUUGGGAUGAUAAUGUAAUGCUAACUAAUAUUUUUGCCAGUCAUCCUUGUAUAUUUUGCAAUUCAAUUUCCACUUUCCAUGUA